AUGAAGAUGGGAUUGUUGGUGUUUAUGCGUAACCUGCUACUAGCCCUUUGUCUCUUUCUGGUACUUGGAUUUCUUUAUUACUCUGCAUGGAAGCUGCACCUUCUCAGAUGGGAGGACACAAAUUCAGUGGUUCUUUCCUUUGACUCCGUUGGACGUACAGUAGGCUCAGAAUAUGACAAACUGGGCUUUCUUCUGAAGCUGGACUCGAAACUGCCUCCAGAACUAGCAUCAAAGUAUGCAAAUUUCUCUGAGGGAGUUUGCAAACCUGGGUAUGCAUCAGCGCUCAUGACUUCCAUCUUCCCAAAGUUCUCCAAGCCAGCACCAAUGUUCUUGGAUGAUUCCUUCAAAAAGUGGGCACGGAUCAGGGACUUUGUACCUCCCUUUGGAAUUAAAGGACAAGAUAAUCUGAUCAAAGCCAUCCUGUCAGCAACCAAAGAGUAUCGCCUCACUCCAGCCCUUGACAGUCUCAGCUGCCGGCGAUGUAUCAUUGUGGGAAAUGGAGGAGUGCUUGCAAAUAAGUCAUUGGGGCUGAAAAUUGAUGACUACGAUGUUGUGGUCAGGCUGAACUCUGCUCCAGUGAAGGGCUUUGAGAAGGAUGUGGGAGGCAAGACAACGCUGCGGAUCACGUACCCUGAAGGGGCCAUCCAGAAACUGGAGCAGUAUGAGAAGGACUCCUUCUUUGUUCUGGCCGGAUUCAAGUGGCAGGAUUUCAAGUGGCUCAAAUACAUUGUUUAUAAGGAGAAAGUGAGUGCAUCUGAUGGAUUUUGGAAGUCAGUGGCUACCCGUGUCCCAAGAGAACCUCAUGAGAUCCGCAUCCUGAAUCCGUACUUCAUCCAGGAGGCAGCUUUCAGCUUCAUUGGCCUGCCUUUCAACAAUGGCCUGAUGGGCAGAGGGAACAUCCCCACCUUGGGAAGUGUCGCCGUCACCAUGGCACUGCACAACUGUGAUGAGGUCGCAGUAGCUGGAUUUGGCUAUGACAUGAAUUCACCAAAUGCACCACUACAUUACUACGAGAGCAUCAAGAUGUCUGCCAUAAAGGAGUCCUGGACGCACAACAUCCAGCGAGAGAAGGAGUUCCUGCGGAAGCUGGUGAAAGCCCGAGUCAUCACCGACCUCACCAGUGGAAUCUGA